CUUUAUUGACAACGGAAGUGUGAGCGGAAACGGCACACGUGUUUUCUUCUAGGUUCCUGAAGGUUAAAGAAGCACCGGUUUCUUGUCGGCUGGCCGUUGCAGAGGGGCACCAGGACGGCGUGUUUGCGGCUGAAGCGGAGUGUGAGCAGGACUACAGCGUAGACAUGGAUCCCAUGAAGGCGCAGCAGCUGGCAGCGGAGCUGGAGGUGGAAAUGAUGGCUGACAUGUACAACCGAAUGACCAACGCCUGCCACAGGAAGUGCGUACCGCCACAUUACAAGGAGGCUGAGCUGACAAAGGGCGAGUCGGUGUGCCUGGACCGCUGCGUGGCCAAAUACCUGGACCUUCACGAGAGGCUGGGACGCAAGCUGACCGAGCUCUCCGUCCAGGACGAGGAGAUGAUGAGGAAGGCCGCCGUGGGGAGCGGAUAGAGACGCUGGCCAAAUGAUCCAAGUAGAGCAUUGCAGGGGACUCGAAAGCUUAUGGGGAGGGGUUGGCGUAUCAGGU